AUGCAUCUAGAGCCGAACAUAAUGGAUGCGUUCCAUAACGAAUUUCCUCAAACGCCGGAUGAGUACUACGCCGCUCAGCUGGAAACAGAUCAGAUUGACCACUUUGAGGGCCUUCUUGCCGAUGAACAACGUCCGCGUUACGUUCCUCCUCAAGAGACAGAAAAUGGUCUGUUGUAUGCUCAGCAGCUAGCAGAGCAGGAUCGAGCAUUGCAGUUGUCGUCUGAUCUGGACCCGUUCAUCGAUGAGUACGAACGGACAGCGCGCGGUGAGGAAGCCUUCGACGACCAGAACGACUCGAAUUACCAACGAGCACAACAGGCUGCUUCUCCUGCUUUUAUUCCGGCACUAUUAGCUCCUUUGUCUACUCCACCAGCUCCAGCCGCUCAGCUGAACCAGAACUACCUGUAUUACCCGCGAAUACCAAAUCAGGCUGCUCAUCCUGCUCAUCCUGCUCCUUUUCCGACACCGCACGCACCGAUAGGUCAACCCUUCAGGAUGGAAGCGCAGGAAGGUGAAAUUUUCAGGCAAGUGAUGAUUCGACGAGAUGAAUGGCGGCAGCAGCAGCGGAUCGACUAUAGAGCUCCUCUGUCUGCACCGCCCGCUCCAGUCGCUCAACCAUCUCUAGUCGUUCAACCAUCUCAAGCCAGCGCUACUCCAGCAAACCGACCAUGGCUCAAGUACCCUGACGACGAGAUGUCAAUUGAACUGCGCAAAUCCAUCUCGAAAAACAGAUUCGGUCCUCUCAAGCGAAGCCAAGGGGCCACGUCUUUCAGAGACCAGACCUCAGCCGGCAUUCCCACAGGCACCGCCCGAUCAAUGGACUUGGACACUCUCGGUAACAACCUGAGGACGAACCGGUACAACUCUCUCCGUGACCUCAUGAGAGACUUUUACCGCAUUGUUGAGGACUGCGAAUCCGCGUUUCCAGAGGGACAUCGCAUGAGAGAGGAUGCCCGUAGCAUGGAGCACUAUUGGUGGUGGGCGACGACGGAUUUGAGAUUGCCUUGA